AUGCGAGCUACUAUGGAUCCCGAACCAGCAAGUGAAGAGUCCUUACGCUUGCUGGCGGUCUUCGCAAAUGCGUUCACCAAAGCGAUUGGAGAGAUGGGGAUCAUCAGCCCGGAAGCCGCGGAAGAGAAAACAAGCGCUGUAGUUCGGGCGCUGCUUGAUAAGCCGAGCCAGAAGACUCCAGAGCCUCCUGUGGUGCUUAGCGGCGAUGAAGAAGAUGAGGAGCCGGUGAGACAAAGGGCUCCGGAAGCUACUGUAGAGAUCAGCGAUGAUGAGUGGCCAGUACGUAGUAUCAGGAAGACGAGGCCAGUGGUGGAAAUUUCGGUCAAGGGCACGAAGUGGGAUUAUUCGCUGCCGACUGAGAUCAAGCGCGAGGAUUGCCGGACUCGACUUGGAAUGAGAUGAAGGACGGAAAACGUGUACAGGCGCAACCAGAGAAGACACAAACGCGAGCAAAAGCUGGGCGCGACAGAACAGAGAAGCCGUCUGGAAUUUCAACAAUGAAGCACUUUGACCAGCC